GUAUAGAAACGAACGCGGUGGUGACUCCCGCUCGGAUCCCUCGGUUCUUCGCGCGUGGGAGCUCCUGCGAAUUAAAUUCAGCCGGUUUUCUAACGGAUGGAGUUAGAGCCUCCGGAGAAGAUAAAUAGUUGUGGCUUUUUAGCCGUUUGUCCGGUGUUUAUUUUGUUAAUCGCUUGCCGAGUUUAUUGUAGGAACUUGAGAUCCCGCAGGAUAGGAUAAAUGCACAUAAAUCGCGUUGUUCGGGAGGCAGUGUUCAAACCUUCGAUUCCACAGUUAAUUCUUUACAUUGGAAAUAAACGGAAAACAUGGGAAAAACACUCAGUACAUUAAAAAAAAAAAAAGUGCUUAGGUCCAUGCAGUGCAAACAUGUCAAAACUGAUCCCAGAACAGUACAAUCUGCAGUCUUUACACCACUCAAGUAGAAGUAUGGCUAAUCUACCCUUCAGAACAGCUUUUCAGGUAAAUUUUUCCAUAACCUUAUGGAGAAAAAGGACUUUGAAGCAUGGCUUGAUAACAUUUCUAUUACAUUUCUUUCUCUGACGGACUUGCAGAAAAAUGAAACUCUGGACCACCUGAUUAGCUUGAGUGGAGCAGUCCAGCUCAGGCACCUCUCCAAUAAUCUAGAGAUUCUCCUCAAGAGGGACUUCCUCAAACUUCUUCCAUUGGAACUUAGUUUUUAUCUGUUAAAAUGGCUUGAUCCUCAGACCUUACUCACAUGUUGCCUCGUCUCUAAGCAGUGGAAUAAGGUUAUAAGUGCCUGUACAGAGGUGUGGCAGACUGCAUGUAAGAAUCUGGGUUGGCAAAUAGAUGACUCUGUUCAGGAUCCUCAACACUGGAAGAAGGUUUACCUAAAGGCUAUUUUAAGGAUGAAGCAACUGAAGGACCACGAAGCCUUUGAGACAUCCUCUUUAAUUGGACACAGUGCCAGAGUAUAUGCACUUUACUAUAAAGAUGGACUUCUGUGUACAGGAUCAGAUGACUUGUCUGCAAAACUGUGGGAUGUAAGCACAGGUCAGUGCAUAUAUGGUAUCCAGACACACACUUGUGCUGCAGUGAAGUUUGACGAACAAAAGCUUGUAACAGGAUCUUUCGAUAACACAGUAGCCUGUUGGGAAUGGAGCUCCGGGGCAAAGACACAGCAUUUUAGAGGACAUACUGGUGCAGUUUUCAGUGUGGACUACAAUGAUGAACUUGAUAUUCUGGUCAGUGGUUCCGCAGACUUCACUGUGAAAGUAUGGGCCUUAUCAACAGGAACGUGCCUGAAUACCCUUACUGGACACACAGAAUGGGUCACUAAGGUAGUUCUGCAGAAGUGCAAAGUCAAAUCUCUUAUGCAUAGUCCUGGGGAUUACAUUCUUCUAAGUGCAGAUAAGUAUGAAAUCAAGAUUUGGCCUAUUGGAAGGGAAAUAAACUGCAGGUGCUUAAAAACACUGUCUGUUUCUGAAGAUCGCAGCAUCUCCCUACAGCCCAGACUGCACUUUGAUGGUAAAUACAUAGUGUGCAGUUCAGCACUAGGAUUAUACCAGUGGGACUUUGCCAGCUAUGAUGUUCUCAGGGUUAUCAAACCUCCUGACUUCUCAAACGUGUCCUUGCUGGGCUUUGGAGAGAUAUUUGCUCUACUGUUUGAUAACAGAUACCUGUAUAUAAUGGACUUGAGGACAGAAAAACUGAUAAGCCGCUGGCCUCUGCCUGAGUACAGAAAAUCAAAGAGGGGUUCAAGCUUUUUGGCUGGUGAAAUGUCUUGGUUAAAUGGACUAAAUGGCCAAAAUGAUAUGGGCUUGGUUUUUGCCACCAGUAUGCCAGACCACAGUAUCCAUUUGGUGUUAUGGAAAGAACACGGCUGAAAAGCUUACAUAUGCAGAAUCUUCAGGAAUAUAUGGACUAUCAGCAGUGUCCAUAAAAUGAGACUUUGCAUGAACCAAAGUUGCACACCUAAUGGUAUCAUCAUGCAAUGCACAAUCAUUUACUUUUAUUUGGGCAUUUGGGAAUGGGUUGUUUUGGACAUAAUGCAAUACAGCAUGCUAACAGUAUUCACCACAAAAUUUUGUCUGUACUCGAUGUUUAAGCAUACCCGUGUGGCACGGAAGCAUAGCUUGUAAUGUUUAAACAAUUCAAAUCCACCAUCAAAUCUAAAAUGAAGUACUGCUUGACCUGACUUCUCACCUAUUUUUUGUUGUUGAAACAGCAGGUGAAGCUACUAUUUUGGAAUCACAGGCUUUUUUGUACACGUAACAGCAAAUACUGGUUACAGUGCAUGGCUGCUUAUCUCAAAUAAGAUAGCAAACACUUCCUCUCUUCAAAAUGUUUUUUCCUUAUGGUAGCUUUAAAUACGUAGCCUCUGAAACAGAAGAAUCAAAUGAGUCCUUUAACUAGGAUCAGAUGCUAACAAUAAUAAUUUGUUCAAGUUUGGGAACAUGUCACUAUGACCCCUCCUCAGCGGGAAUGAGCCAACUUUUUGUCUAUCUAUCUGGUGGACCUAACCAUCAUAAUUAACCUUAGAGUACCUCAGAGUAUUUAUCAUAUUUGCUGAUGGUAGCUCAGAAUGGCCCGUUCGGUAUUUUGUAGUCCAUAUUUCCUAUAGUUUGUGACAACACGUAACUUUGUUCAAGGGUAGGCGGAAAUAUAAUGAAUGUGAAGAUGAUCAAUCCCUACAGCAAGAGUCAGUCUCAGAUUAAAUGAUGUCUAGCAGCCAUUCACUUUUUCCAAAACUUGCAGUUAAUAUAAUUAUGCACUUAAAAGUAGUUGCUACAUUUAGACUUGGAAAGCACAGGCAAGUAACACUGAGAAUGCCAUCUCUGGGAAAAAGAAUACCAAAAGUCUGAAGAAAAACACAUUAGUAUGAAAAAGUCUUUGGCUUUGAUCAAUAUAGAUCUGUUGUACACGCGAGUUAACUAUUGAGUAGCAAAUACCCAUCCACACACUUUUGUGGGUUUUGACAUGUACUUAAAAGCUGUAUCUAUGACAUCACAUGCUUUAGAAACGCUUUAGGUUGGUUUCCCCUUCUCCCUUCCAAUAAAAUCUCCCUUUAUUGUCUAGGGUUUUUUUUUUCUACACAACUUGAAAAUACGAGUUUUCAUGAAGAUUGGCUCGUGUCCUCUGCUAACAAGUACAGAGCUAGGAGGUCAAGGGAAGGGAUUCUUCGUCUCUGUUCUGUGCUUGAGGCACCAUCGGAGUUCAAUGUUGAGUUCUCGAGUACAAAACAGAUGGAUACAAUGGAACAAGUCCCAUGAAAAGCACCUUUGAUGAUAAUACAGCUGCCAGUUUGUUGAUACAGACUUUGGGAGAUGCUGCACCCACUGUGAAGCAAAUACUGCAGUUUCUUAAAAUACUGUGAAGUGGUAGUUGAAAAGGGAUUCUGCCACAAGUAUUUCAUGAGUUGCAGAAAAUUUUGAACAAAUUGAGCUAAAUUCUCCUUUUCUGCAUCGUCCCAGAGCAUGCAAGCAGAAAGCACGAUGAGAAGAAUCCAAUACAUGCUACGCUGAUCUCCUACCAUUCUAGUAUUAUAAAUGAAGUUUUAGGCUAUUACACAGCAGCUGAUGAUUAUUAUAAACACAGUUAGCAAACAGUUUUGAGACUGACUGUCCAAGGCUCCUUAAGGGCAUAGGUAUGUGCCACCACAAAACAGACUGAGGAAUAAAAACUUGACAGUGGUGCAGAAAUUAGAAAAAACAUACCUGCUCUCAUGUGCACACUUCUCUGUCACACAUGCAUAUUAUUGCUUCCCCUAGAUGUCUUCACAGGAAGGUUCUAGAACAUUGCCACAUCAGCACAAUGCACAUAGCUUUAGGGGCUUAGCAAACAGAAAAAAAUAUGACUGAAAUUGUGAAACUACAGUGAGCAAAUUAUUGUUUGCUUUGCAAAUUUUACUUAAUAUUAAAAUAGUUAAUAACUACUCGGCACUAUUUUUAGACAGGUUGGAAAAGAUGUACCUUACACCUACAUAAAGAAGCAACAUAAUUCAACUUACCAAUCACACAAUGGUAAUCCACCU